GUUUAAAGGUGACUGGGAGCCAUCUUACGCACUCGCUUUACACCCCCCCAAAUAUGCCACAACUCUACACCUAAAACUCACAUAGACAAACACACAGAGAGAUAUACUCAGCCACAGCCGGUGGAAAACCUUUGAAAUCGCUGAUGUUGAUUUAUAGAUGAUAAAGGAAUGGACAAAAGAUUUGAAGAGACUUACUCUGGCUUUCUGGCCCCUGGUCUGUGAAACCUUUGCAGAGGAGGGAUUCAUUAAUUUGUGGAAGGAUAAAUGAAGCUAAUCUUCCCGCUUAUAAUAUCUGUGACCUGUUGCUUGAGUGACAUUCAUAUUAAGAUGCUCCACAAGAUACUUUUUUUGUGCUUUGGACACUGAGAAAGCUGUGGGGAGGACGACUUGCAAAUUGUUUUGCAAGCGCAUCAGGAUAAAGUAUUAUCACAUCUAUUGGCAUUGUCACUCACUGUUUGGCAGAGAGAGAAUAUUUAAGUCAUGAGUACAGCCAGAGUGGAGAAUCCAGUUAUUCUGGGACUGUCAAAUCAGAAUGGUCAAAUGCGAGGCUUGGUGAAGCCAGCAGGGGGGCCUGGAGGUGGUGGAGGGGGUUCCCAAACAACACAGCCUGCCCAGGUCAAGGCCUCCAGCACAGUCAACAAUGGUAACUCCCAGCUUGCACCCACCGCUAACACCAUCAUCAAGGCUGGGGACGACUGGAAGAAGAACCUAAAGCUUCCUCCAAAGGAUAUGCGCAUGAGAACCUCAGAUGUGACAUCAACCAAGGGAAAUGAGUUUGAAGAUUACUGCCUGAAACGUGAGCUGCUUAUGGGCAUCUUUGAGAUGGGCUGGGAGAAACCAUCACCUAUACAGGAGGAGAGCAUUCCCAUUGCAUUGUCUGGGAGGGACAUUCUGGCCAGAGCCAAGAACGGCACAGGAAAAAGUGGCGCCUACCUUAUUCCCUUACUUGAACGCAUUGACUUGAAGAAAGACAGCAUACAAGCAUUGGUCAUUGUGCCCACUAGAGAACUGGCUCUGCAGGUGAGUCAGAUCUCGAUCCAGGUCAGCAAACACAUGGGCGGGGUCAAGGUCAUGGCAACUACAGGUGGAACCAACCUCCGUGAUGACAUCAUGAGACUCGACGAAACAGUGCAUGUUGUCAUUGCCACUCCAGGAAGAAUUUUAGACCUCAUCAAAAAGGGGGUGGCCAAAGUCAGUCAAGUACAGAUGAUCGUGUUGGAUGAGGCAGAUAAGCUCCUGUCACAGGACUUUGUACAGAUGAUGGAGGAAAUUCUGAGCUAUUUGGCCAAGCAAAGGCAAAUUCUGCUGUACUCUGCCACCUUCCCUUUAAGUGUGCAGAAAUUCAUGAAUUCCCAUCUGCAGAAGCCCUAUGAGAUAAACCUGAUGGAGGAGCUGACCCUGAAGGGGGUUACCCAGUAUUAUGCCUAUGUGACUGAAAGGCAGAAAGUCCAUUGCCUUAAUACUCUCUUCUCCAGGCUCCAGAUCAAUCAGUCUAUAAUCUUCUGCAAUUCAUCCCAGCGAGUGGAGCUCCUGGCCAAGAAGAUCUCUCAGCUUGGAUACUCCUGUUUCUACAUUCAUGCCAAGAUGAGACAGGAACACAGAAACCGUGUGUUCCAUGAUUUCAGAAACGGCUUAUGUCGAAAUCUUGUCUGCACUGAUCUCUUCACAAGAGGAAUUGAUAUACAAGCUGUGAAUGUUGUGAUCAACUUUGAUUUUCCCAAACUUGGGGAGACGUACCUCCAUCGCAUUGGCAGAUCUGGUCGAUUCGGACACUUUGGUCUCGCCAUUAACUUGAUCACAUAUGAUGACCGCUUUAACCUGAAAGGUAUUGAAGAACAGCUGGGUACUGAGAUCAAGCCCAUUCCCAGCAGUAUUGACAAGAGUCUAUAUGUGGCCGAGUACCACAGUGAGAGUGGGGAGGAGGUUAAACUGUGAGCAGAAGAGAUCACCAAUCGUUUGUCCCCUCCAACCCUUUUUUUUUUUUUUUUUCUCCUGUCUGGUGCCACCACAAGGAAUGUGACAUUGCGACGGCCCAAUAAUUGGGAUGAACUCAUGGCCUAAUACAGACUGUUACACCAUUUUUUUCACCCUGAAGACUUCAAAUCAUUUAUGAGGAGGGAAAGAGGGGACAAGAGGAUCUGAAUUAGCAACCGAGGAAUAAAGUGACGACUAUAUUGACUGCAAGCACAUGCUCACCCUGCUCUCUAUCCCUAUGCAUCUUCAUUUGUAACAAGUGCCUUAAGCAGUUUAACUUGUUCAAAAAGUAAUAACCCCUUUUUUUCUUUUUUUUGGGAGACUAGAUCUCAUCUCAUGUCAGCCUUCUGCCAUUUAACAUCAGAAGAUCCAUUUUGCAUUUGCAACCUUGAGAUAUUUUGUGGAGAUUUUAUUAAAAAGAACUUAAACCGCAAGACUAGUAGGGGCAGCAUGUAUUGUUGUGCGGCCUCUGGCGUACUUGACUGGUGUGAACAGAAAAUCUCCUGGGGAACUGAGAUUAUAUCAGUGAAGAUAAUGACAGCAGUGAUAAGGUGGCAAGCUUUCAAAGGUCCUGCAAUCUCUCAAUGGCUUUUUCCUUCAUCUGCUCACAGAACAUGCCAUGACUCUAGAGACCCAUAACUCUUUCCUCCUCUGUCUUCAGUGGGCCAACACUAAGAGACUUGACCAGACUUGGACCAGCCUUUUCUUUUGGCCAUGAGGAAUCUCCCUUCAGAUGAAUGUGGAUACAUUUCCCCCCCCCCUUUUUUUUUUUUUUCCUAUUUUUAUUCAGUGCAGUUUCCAGGCACAUUGUAAAUAUUUUUUUUUUAUUUUUUUUAUGGAUUGUUUUAAACAAGCCAACAAGGCUGGAUGACCAUUAGAGAAGAAUGUUGAAAAGAGCUUUUAAAUCCAGGAUUCUGUCAGCACUGGGUGGCACUAUUUUGCUUAUCCCCAUUUUUCCCCCUCUUGGGAAAGAAGUUAAGCCAAGUUUAUACCAGUGCACCACCUUGUUAAGAAAAAUUGGACUCCAGUUUUGUUUUUUUUUAAUCCUAAAAUUCUGUUCAAGAGUCUGUUUGGGUAUAAGCUUGUAGACUCUCAAAUAUAAUUUGAGCAGGUGGGUGCAGUUCAAAUUUGCUCUUGUGUAUUAUAAAUUAACUCAUCCUUUACCCAGUGUUGACAGUUCCUGACUUGAGUAGCUCAAUCGGCCUCAUUUAAGAAUGAAAACAUGAGGCUUAUUUGCUUUCCAGCCUUUUGUUUGUAACACUGACUUACGAGGCACUCUGCAGGGUCCCCUAGGCUGUUGGCACUAGGACAUGAUGACAUUAAAAAGACCUUUGGGUGGGGGAUGGGGUGGUUGAAAGACUUGGACAUUUCCCAUUGGAAAAAUAUAUGUAAAACAAAAUGGAUGAAUUAUGAACAAUGGACUAACAAUAUAGCGGCAAAGGGAUCUAGUGCACAGUUUGUCCUUUUUCACAAUAAGAUGCUGCACAGACUUUACAGAAUCUAAACCUUUGCAUUGUGGGCUGCACUUAUAUUUGAACUCUAGUUCAGGGGUUGGGCAAUAAUGCGGACCGAACUUGUGCUGAAGGCGCUUGCUCGGUUUGGAUAGAGGUGUUAAGACUGACCGUGAACAGGUAAUUGCUAUUUGAUUU